AUGAUCAUAACCAUUCGUGUGUAUGCCCUUUUCUUUACAUCCUCUACUACCUCCGCAGAUAAGAAAACUGGUAUGAUCGAUGGCAUGGGAGCUGCAGCGCAUCUCACCCGAACGGCUCCUGGGCAAGUGCGGGAUUGUGAGAUGGAAUCAUCUCGAUUCCAGGCCGAAGGUGGCUUCUAUGGGCCGAACGGCGCCUGGGUGUGGCUGGCUCAGGCUGUUGGGAAAAAGGAAGCGAGGGUCAGGCCUUUGCCUACUGGCAGCGAUCAGUCCUGCAUGCGUGCCAUAAUAGUUGUCCGCAGUGAAUCAAAAUCGUGGUAG